AUGCUGCUUGACGGGCUGUCCUGGGGCAUCUCGAACGGCAACGGGUCCAUCAGCCUCCGCAGCAGCCUGCCGGCGUAUCCUGUGAAUCUGCUGCAAAAGGAGGGGAUAAUACAGGACCCCCUCUACAGGUUUGGUGAGAUUGAGACGCGCUGGGUUGCCCUUGACACAUGGACCUUUGCAGCGGUGUUCACGCCAACAGAGGAGCUGCUGGCCCGCUCCAGUGUCGACCUGGUGCUCGACGGCGUUGACACCUUUGCCAGCGUGUACCUCAACGGGGAGCUGCUUGCCAAGCUGGAGAACUUCCACAGGCGCUACACCCUGCCAGCCAAGCAGUGGCUGCAGAGUGGCGCCAACACACUGCGCAUCACGCUGCACCCAGCUAUCCCCAUCGCCAUUGAGCGCAAGAAAAACCACCCUUACUGGAUUCCCACGGUCACGCAACUGGGCAACACCGAUGCCUACAACUUUGCGCGCAAGCCUGCCUACGAUUUUGGAUGGGACUGGGGCCCCGGCCUGGCCGCGUCUGGCAUCUUUGGCGGCGUCUCCCUCCUGGGCUACGACUCCGCCGUCCUCCGCUCCGCCCACGUCCGCCAGGCCCGCCAGCCCAACGGCGACUUCCUGCUGCGCGUCGAGGCGCAGCUGCUCGCGCCCGACGCGGGCGACCACGGGGUGCUGUCUGCUGAGCUUCCCGCCCUCACCGGCCUCAAGGCGGCUGCCCAGCUGAAGAUCGCCCCCUCAGACGCCGCACGCGGGCUCGUCACCGGGCCCAUCUUGGAGAUCGCCGUCCCUGCCAGCAGCGUGAAGCUCUGGUGGCCUGUCGGUUACGGCGAGCAGCCGCUGUACAGGCUCGUCGUGAAGUUCACGCCCAAUGCCACCCUGGACGCCGCCGCCGGCGACGCAAAGGUCGAUGGCAGCAGUGCUGCUGCGGCCGCCAGCCCGGCGCCGUCUGUCCUCGAGCGGCGCGUCGGCUUCAGGACCGUCGAGCUGGUUGAGAAGCCCCUCAGCGAGGCGGCCUCGGAGCUUCUGAGCGGCGCCGGCGGCGGCUGGGCCAACAGCGUCAAGCCCGGCGGCGGCGGCCGCGCGUGCGCGGGCAUGUCGAACUGCGGGCAGUACGGCUGGGUGGACGGCAAGAAGUGGACGUUUGUCAGCGAGGCCCUGGCGGCCCCCAACGAGGUGUACCCCGUCAGCGGGUACGACUUCCCCGGCGCCUACCCCAACAGCAGCAUGCCCGGCGGCGACAACCCCUGGUGGAACCAGAAGCUGGGUGUGUGGACAGGCUGGGGCGGCCCCAACCUGGCAGACCGCAUUGAGGGCGAAUCAAUGUACUUCAAGGUCAACGGCGUGCCGAUCUACGCCAAGGGCUCGAAUAUCAUCCCCUUCCAUACCAUCCCCGCCAACGCCACGCCGGAGCUGAUCGCGUCGACCGUUGACCUGGCGCUUGACAGCCGCAUGAACAUGCUGCGCGUGUGGGGCGGCGGCUGGUACAUGCCUGAGCAGUUCUAUGACCUGGCCGACGAGAAGGGCCUCCUGGUGUGGCAGGAGACAAUGUUUGCGUGCGCGUCCUACCCUCGUGAUGACAAGUUUAUGGCAGAGGUCAAGGCUGAGGUGGAGCAGCAGAUCCGCCGCAUCGGGGGCCACCCGAGUGUCGUGAUAUGGGGCGGCAACAAUGAGAUCGAGACCAGCCUGGAGUGGUACCGUGAGACCCAGAACAACCCGGCCCUGUUCGUCCACGACUAUACGGAGCUGUUUGUGGCCGCCAUCGGCGGCCUCAUGCAGGAGCUGGUGCCGGAGACGCCGUUUGUCGACAGCUCUCCCUCCAACGGCGUCAUCAGCCGCAAGCCCUACAUCAAGCGCUGGGGCGGCGCUUGGGACCCACGCUACGGCGAUGUCCACCAUUACGACUAUAACGCGGACUGCCAGAACUUUAAGAACUACCCCAUGGCCAAGUUCGUCAGCGAGCACGGCUGGCCGUCCUUCCCCACCUGGCCCACCUUCAAGGCCGCCACCGCUGACGAGGACUGGGCUGUCGGGUCGCCUGGCAUGGAGUUCCGCCAGCGCCACUACAACAAGACACUCGAGAUGACCGACCAGUACAUGAAGCACUUCCGGCUGCCCGCCAGCUGGCAGGGGGCAACCAAGGAUGAGUCGUUCGCGAAGUGGAAGCAGUACCUCUACAUGAACCACGUGCAGCAGGCGAUGUGCAUCGACACCGCGUUCAGCUACUGGCGGCGGCUGCGUUCCGAGCCCAAGGGGCUGACGAUGGGCAUCCUGUACUGGCAGCUGAACGAUGUCUGGGCGGGCGCGAGCUGGAGCGGCAUCGAUUACGAGGGCCGCUACAAGCCCAUGCAGUACCGCGUCAAGCACCAGUUUGCCGACUUUGUGGUGCAGACAGUCCUGGACAACGGCCGCGCCCACGUUUUCGUGGUAUCCGAUGACAUGCUGCCCACCACAGCAACCUUGGACAUCUCAAUCUUCCGCCUGGCCAGCCCCGACGGCGAGGCCUGCGCCGCGCCCGCCGUCACAACGGGCGGCGCGGCCGCGGCGCCGCCGACCACGGCCGCAGUGAAGGUCAAGGGCUCCGCGGGCCGCCGCCUCAAGGGCCGCGGCCCACCUCACGCACCCUUCGCCGACCCCCUCCCGGCGUCCGGCCCCGCCACUACGGAGGAGGCUCCCUCGCUCGCGGCCGCGGCGCCCGACUCCCCGCCCGCCUGGGCGCGCCGCAUCACCGUCGGCGUCCCCGCGCUCAACGCCGCCAUCGUGCUCAACGCGACGGUGGCCGAGGUCCUGCGCAGCGUCCCCGGCUGCACCGAAAGCACCUGCUUCCUCCGCGUCACGGCCACCACCGAGCCCACCAAGUUCAAGCCCACCCAGACCAGUACCUCGGACCUGUUCUUCGUGAACUUCAAGGACCUGGCGCUCGCCGAGCCCAAGAUCACAACCUCGGGCUUCGCCCAGGACGCGCCCGACGCGGUCAGCUUUGAUCUCGCCGCCGCAGACGCCGCGGCGCUGCUGGUUGUGGCGGAGACCGACCUCAAGGGCCGCUUUGAUGACAACAUGGUCAACCUCCCGCCCUGCGGCGCGGCGCGGCUCACGUUCAAGGCGGAGAAGGGGUCCAAUGUUACGGUCGCGCAGCUCAAGGCGUCGCUGACGCUGGCCCACCUGUACGGGAACCAGGAGCCAGCCGAGACCAGCCGCCAGCCCGAGGCCGACCCCGAGGCGAUCGCCAUCGCGGCCGCCGUCGCCGCCGCGAUGGCGCCGGCGCCGGCAGCCAGCGGGGCUGCGGCGGAGGCUGAGGCGGGCGAGGUGCUCGGGCCCAUGGUGGCGGCUGCGGCGGUCAAGCCGGCCGCCAAGGCGGCAGCGAAGGGGCCCAAGGCUGUCGCGGCAGCGCAGGACAAGCCGUCCCUGAGGCGCAGGUCCUGGUGA